GGCCGGAAUCCCCUUGGAGGCAAUGUAGGCAUUGAGGCGCGCUGGGCUCGUCGUUCGCCAGCAGCCGCUCUUCAUUCAGGAAUUCGUACGCAUUUCGGGGCAAUAAUAAAACAACCAAAAUGAAAGUGUCCAGCAUCGACUGCCGCCACUUGCGGAGAAUCAUCAGGAAGGAGCGCGGGAGCUGCCUUAUUGUGGACUGUCGACCUUAUUUGUCAUUUAGCAACUCCAGCAUCAAAGGCUCCGUCAAUGUCAAUCUCAACUCCGUAGUGGUCCGGAGGUCUCGGGGAGGGCCGGUGCCUCUGCAGUUCGUCAUCCCGGACCAGAGAGCCCUUCUACGGCUUCGGGAAGGGAGCAUAUCGGCGGUGGUGGCGCUGGACGACCGGACGUCCCACUGGCAGAAGCUGAAGAAGGACAGCGUAGCACAAAUAGUAAUAAAUACCCUAACGGAUGUGGCUAGUGGGACCAACAUCUGCUUCUUAAAAGGAGGAUAUGAGAACUUCCAUUCGCAAUACCCAGAACUUUGCACUGAGGUGAAAUGCAUCGAGCAGAGCGGAACUGAAAGCGAGAAAAAAGCCAAUUAUGAGAAGCUUGGUCACCAUAAACCAGAUUAUGAUCAGGGUAAACCCGUGGAGAUCCUGCCUUUCCUCUACCUCGGUAGUGCCUACCACGCCUCCAGGCAGGACUAUCUCACUGACCUUCACAUCACUGCCUUGCUCAACGUGUCACGCAGGGACAUGCAGCCGGCCAAGGGCCACUAUAACUACAAGUGGAUCCCAGUGGAAGACAGCCACAUGGCGGACAUCAGCUCCCACUUUCAAGAGGCAAUAGAAUUUAUCGAUCAUGUAAAGAAAUCCGGGGGAAAGGUCCUCGUCCACUGUGAAGCGGGCAUCUCUCGUUCCCCCACCAUCUGCAUGGCCUAUAUCAUGAGAACCCAGCAGCUGAGACUGGAUGCAGCAUUCGAUAUCAUCAAGCAGCGGCGAGCCGUUAUCUCACCCAAUUUUAGUUUUAUGGGUCAGCUGCUGCAGUUCGAGUCGGAAGUCCUGUCGACAGCACCCGCUCAUGCCGCCACACCUGAACCCGCCACUCCUUGUGUCCCGGAGUCGGCAUCCUUUUUUGCCAAUGACAUCACCACCUCCUUCAACACCAAAAACUUUGAGCCAUCUGUAUUCACCCUCCCUACCUCUUGCCUGAAGUCUCCAGUUCAUCAUCAGUUCAAGCUGAGCCCAAUAACUGCACUGCCUUAAAAAAAACUGACAGCUUGUAGUCUUACUUGAAAAAGAAUGAAAUGUAAAAUCUGUGUGCUUGGUGUUGAAACCAGCAGACCAGACUGGAGACCAGAAAAGUCUAAAUAAGUAGUAGUUCACAUUUCAUAGAUGCUGUUGCAGUGACGACAGCACAGUGAUAAACCUGCAAUAUACAUGCCUUAGUUCAACAUUGUGAUUUUUAUGUUUAUUCAAACUACAGUGAGGCAAUUAAAUCUAAUUUAUUGAAAUUGCAAUGUUUGUGAUUUUUUUCAAAAAUGUCAAUGUGUUUAAUAAAAGUUGAAAACUGA